AUGGAGAUAGCCCUCCCUACUCCACCUGAUGGACCCAGAGUCGCUACAUCAAUCCUACAGGCUACCUGUGCCACUCCCAUCAUCUCCCUCUCUGUUUGGGCCCACCACAACGGCCUGCUCAACCCCUACUCCUACCAGGAGCUGCCCGCCCUCAUGAUGUCCAAUAUGCUGGCCCAAGAGGGCCACCUGCCCUCCAGCCAAAUGCCCUCGAUCCAGGAGAUGACUCGCCACGACGGCUCACAUUAUGACCUCAGCCGUCACAACCCCCAUCUGAUAAACAGGUCACCUAGGAUACUGUCCCAUCAGCCCAUGAGUGCACUGUCCCAACUGAACUCUCAGGUUGGCCGGAGCGCUCUUACCCAUGGUUCUCCCUCACCUCCUGGAAGUAAACCAGCCACACCCUCUCCCUCGAGCUCUACACAGGAAGAGGAAACCGAUUCCCACCAUAAGAUGACGGGCGAGAAGCGGCCUUCCUCAGAGAUGAUGAAGCCCAAGACCAAACCGCAGAAGAAGAAGAAGAAAAAGGACCCCAACGAGCCGUCGAAACCCGUGUCGGCCUACGCCCUCUUCUUCAGGGACACCCAGGCGGCCAUCAAGAGCUCCAACCCCAACGCCACCUUUGGGGACGUGUCCAAGAUCGUGGCCUCCAUGUGGGACAGCCUGGGAGAGGAGGCAAAACAGGGCUACAAGAGGAAAACAGAGGCGGCGAAGAAAGAGUACCUGAAAGCCCUGGCCACGUACCGAGCCACUCUGGUUACCAAGAACUACAAUGACCCUGUGGAGACGAAAAGUAUCCAGACGAACCAGCCUUCUUCCCACAUGAUGCCCCCCAAUCCACCCCUGUACAGCGUGCCACCCCAGCCCUCCUCCCCCUACAGUCUGGGGCCGGGGGGCUUCCCCCUGUCGGACAUGCAGGGCUACGCGGGGGCUACGCGUCACGCACUCUCCCGGACCCUCAGCCAGUCUCAGAUGCUGCCCAGCAUUAGUGCCUCUCCCCCUUCCUCCUUCCAGAUCAGCCCGCCCUUGCACCAACAGCUCUCCAUGCACCAGAACUCCCUCCUCAACCAGCCAAUCCGCAUGCAGCACGGCCAGUCCCAGCCAAUCAUCUCCCACCAGAUGGGACUCCAGGCAUCCCUUCACUCACCUCCUCCUGGCCAGCAGGGAUUUUCCCACCUACAGUCAGAGUACCAUAAAAGUGUGGGUUCCCAGUCCCCAGGGGCCCCGAACCCUGGAGGGAGACAGAACCACGAGUGGGACAGUGAAUACUGCGAUCGGGAGUGUGGUGGCAACCACUGCAGUGGCAGCAUGAUAGCCAGGGACAAGCCACUCUACCUCACUUGAAACUGGAGGUCGCCGUCGACAAGAAAAGACAACAGGGAGUCAGCCCUCAACCUCCCCACAUUCACCACCUCCCCAACCCACUCCUACCACCAGCUCCCCAACCCACUCCUACCACCAGCUCCCCAACCCACUCCUACCACCACCUCCCCAACCCACUCCUACCACCACC